AUGGGCAUAAUGGGAGCAAGAAUAAUCAGUACGGUGAUGGCUGACUGUACGGCUAUUAUCGAUGGUUUUGCGGGGCCUGGUGCGGCUGCCACCAGUGGAGGUAACACUGGGACGAACGCUGGGACGCACCGGCGUCAGCAGCCGUCCAACUACACGAGUCGCGGCAGCGAAGUCCGUGCAGACAGGCGUGAAGAUGAGCUAGAUGCGACUGCUGGUAUUGCGAUGGUCAGUCCGAAGCUGGCCGUUCCGGACACGAAGAGUUCUAAUGUGCACUUGACCGGUGAUCGCUCUCUCUUUGUUCAUCUCGAAGAGAUUCACCCAGAAAGUAUUGGUGCUAAUGUCGUUGGUGUGGCCGCCACAACGCUAACUCGUGCGUCCGGCAUUGGUCGAGUGAAGAUCAUCACUCAGGUGGGCGACACCGAGGCUGAUGUCUUUUUAGACGAUGUACUUUACAUGAAAGGCGCGUCACACGGACUGUUCUCGAUGCAUCUCGGAACUACCAAGCAGAAGUUCGAAAUAUCGUUCGAUCGUGCAGCAUCGACAUUCAGUGCUUACAAAAAUGGGGAGCAGGUGAUAUUUGCUGUUCCUCACGAAGGAAUUUGGGUGUUUGAGGCGAAGCGUCCAGCGGAUGCUCCGCGACGCCCAAGUGUAUUGCGUGUGAUCGUCAAUUACACGGUCGCGGACGGCGUGGCCACACUCGAGCAGUGGUACAACCGGACUGGACACACGAAUGUUCAGUAUCUCAAGAUCAUGGUGGAUCGUGGACUCGUGCGCGGCAUGAUCAUCACGAACAGGCAGCUCAAGACGUGUGAUUCCUGCCAUAUCGGCAAGCAGAGACAGAAGCGACGUUAG